CUUCACACACCCCUCCCCAAGGAAACCAGAAAAGAAAAACAAGCGGAAAAAUGAUGUCCAGGCUUAAUGGUGUAGUCUGGAUGGAAGAAGAGGGAGAGGAAGAAGACGCGGUAUCUUGGAAUAGGAACAACGGUGUUGGUGGUGGUGGAGGAACUGGGGAAAACAAGGACGACUUGGGUUCUCUCUCUACGUUCAAAUCGAUGCUUGAAGACGACUGGUACGUGCACAGUGGAGGGAACCCGUCUCACUCUCACCACGACUUCCAAAGCAUCCAAAAUCACCAUGAUUUUAAAGAUAUCGCCUUCUCUUCAAACUCCGCUGCAGCUGAUAAUCUGCUGUUGCAGUCAGUAGACUCCUCAUCUUCGUGCUCUCCGUCCUCCGUGUUUAGUCUUGACCCAUCUCAAUUACAGUCCUUCUUGCCUCAGAAAUCUUGCUUGUCUUCGCUUCUCAAUGUCGUCUGCAGUAACCCCUUCGAGAGCGGUUUCGAUUUGGGUUGUGAUGCCGGGUUUCUCCCGCCUUUGCAAGGGAACCAGAACAUGAACUCCCCUGCUUUAAUGAAUAAUGGAGGUGGGGUUUUGACUGAGUUCACCGGUUUGAGCUCCGAGGCUCAGAUGGGCAUUCCCGAUCUGAGCUCCAGUUCACAAUUCCCGUCCACUCGUUUUCUCCCGAUGGCCGACAACACCAGCACUGUUGGCGACGGUUUUGGAGGUUUCGAGGGUUCUGGUAAUCAGCUGUUCCUAAACAGGUCUAAGGUGUUGAGACCUCUCGAAAUUUUCCCUCCUGUUGGCGCGCAGCCCACUCUAUUUCAGAAGAGAGCUGCUCUGCGCCAGAAUUCUGCCACCGCUGCUGACAAAGCUGGGAAUAUGGGUUUUCUGGGUUCGAAAGGAAAUAAGGGGAAGAGGGAGUUGGACGAAGACCAGGAGAAAGGGAGGAAGAAGAACAACGAAGAGGACGAAAUGGAGGAGGCAAGCAUCGACGGGUCUGGUUUGAAUUAUGAUUCUGAGGAGGCUACGGAGAACAACAACAAGGAGCAGGAGAACGCAAAGAAUGGUGGAAACAAUUCGAAUGCAAACAGCACUGUCACUGGAACUGAUCAAAAGGGGAAGAAGAAGGGUCCCCCAGCAAAAAAUUUGAUGGCCGAGAGGCGACGCAGGAAGAAACUCAAUGAUAGGCUUUACAUGCUGAGGUCGGUUGUUCCAAAGAUUAGCAAGAUGGAUAGAGCUUCAAUCCUCGGUGAUGCAAUUGAAUACUUGAAGGAACUACGGCAAAGGAUCAGUGACCUCCACAGUGAACUAGAGUCAACUCCGCCUGGGUCUGCUCUUCCGCUUACUACAACAACCUUCCUCCCAUUGACUCCCACCCCUCCUACACUUCCUUGCCGUGUCAAGGAGGAACUCUGCCCAAGCUCAUUGCCAAGCCCAAAUAGCCAACCUGCAAGGGUUGAAGUCAGGGUAAGAGAAGGGAGAGCUGUAAACAUUCACAUGUUUUGUGCCCGGAGACCAGGUCUCUUGCUCUCCACCAUGAAGGCACUUGAUAGGCUUGGGCUGGACAUCCAGCAGGCCGUCAUCAGCUGUUUUAAUGGAUUUGCUCUGGAUGUCUUCCAAGCUGAGCAAUGCAAGGAUGGCCUGGAUGUGCUGCCUGAGGAUAUCAAGGCGGUUCUUUUGGAUUCAGCAGGCUUUCAUGGUAUGAUGUAGUUUGUUUCCAAUCCCAACUGAUGUACUUCUUGAACAUUCAAAGAGUUGCAGGAAAAGCAGUAACUGUAGUUGUUCUCCAAGAGAUCUGCCAAUGCGUUUACUAAGCCAAUUCUACUAGCGUUUAAUGGGCUUGGUGGUUGGUCUUUGUUAUUGGGUUUCGACCUUAAGCAGGCAUUGCAGCAAAGAACAUAUUGUUUACUGCAAUUUUAGUGUUUAAUAAAACCUCCUUUAUAA